UGUAGCGUCGAGAUAAAGCCCACGAAGAAGAAUCUGCUCCAUCAAGAGGCCAACCGCAGCUAGCUAACAGAAACGUAAACAGCAGUGUCUGUUCUGCUUCAACACUUCACCCUCUGUCGUCGUCUUUAAUUCCACAAUAACUACAUGAUGUGUUAGUUUAUAUUAAAGGCUCAUGGUCAGACAUGUUUGUUCGGAAGUCGGAUGUACGAAGGCCUUGAAGUUGUCCUGCUAACAGAUGCCCAUGAUUCAGCUGGAGAAGCCGGUCCUGACUGGUACCAUGCCGGUGGUAUGGCCCACCAUCCUCGACCUCGGCAGAGACGAGUGCAAAAGGAUCCUCCGUAAACUGGAGCUGGAGGCGUAUGCUGGGGUGAUCAGUGCCCUACGAGCUCAAGGAGACCUGACGAAGGACAAGAAGGAUCUGCUGGCAGAACUCACAAAGAUCCUUGGUAUCUCCACAGAGCGUCAUCGGGCUGAAGUCCGUAGAGCUGUCAAUGAUGAGCGCCUCACCACCAUCGCAUAUCACAUGUCAGGCCCCAACAGCUCGUCUGAGUGGUCCAUUGAAGGUCGUCGGCUGGUCCCCUUGAUGCCGAGGCUAGUCCCUCAGACGGCCUUCACUGUGACUGCUAAUGCAGUGGCCAGUGCCACAGCCAAUCAGAACGCCUCCCUGCUGCUGCCGGCUGAAACGGGAAACAAAGAAGUGGUCGUAUGUUACUCCUACACAAGCACCACCUGCACCUCCACCAGCGCCACCGCCACCAGUGGAGCCAUCGGAGCAUCCGUGAAGUCUCCACGACCUCCCAGUCCUUCAUCUAAUGUGGUGGUGCUGCCCAGUGGGAGCACCGUCUAUGUCAAGAGUGUGAGCUGUUCGGACGAAGACGAGAAGCCUCGUAAGCGGCGGCGGACCAAUUCGUCCAGCUCGUCUCCGGUGAUGCUGAAGGAGGUGACCAAGGUGUCGCCGCAGGUGUCCAAGAACAUCACGGUGCCGGUGAGCGGCAGCCCCAAGAUGAGCAACAUCAUGCAGAGCAUCGCCAACUCCCUGCCGCCUCACCUGUCCCCCGUCAAAAUCACCUUCACCAAGCCCACCAUCCAGACCACCAACACCACCACCCAGAAGGUCAUCAUCGUCACAACGUCCCCAAGCUCCAACUUUGUGCCCAACAUCCUGUCCAAGUCUCACAACAACGCCGCCGCCAUGUCCAAGCUGGGCUCCACCUCCAUGCUGACCACACCUACCCACAAACAGACAGUGGUGUUCCCUGCCAGCUCCAGCCCCUCCUCCAAUGCCACUACUGUCGCAGUGACCUCCGUGGUCUCCUCCACACCCUCCGUGGUCAUGUCGACUGUGGCAACAUGUGCUGCCUCGGCUGCAGUGAAGGUGGCCUCAGCCAGACUUCCUUCGCCAAAGACUAUGGUGGGCUCACCUGCUCAGAUCCUGGCUCAAUUCCCCAAACAGCAGUCACCCAAACACUUGCAGCAGAGCUCACCUGUGGGAGCAGGUGUGAGUCAGAGCAGCAGCUCACCUGGAUCAGCUAAACCCACCAUCCAGAUCAAACAGGAGUCAGGAGUGAAGAUCAUCACUCAGCAGGUUCAGCCCAGUAAAAUCCUGCCCAAACCUUCGUCAGUGGCUCUGUCCAGCAGCAGCUCCUCCCCCAUCAUGGUUGUCAGUAGCAACGGGGCCAUCAUGACUACCAAGCUGGUCACUCAGCCCACAGCGACGCAGGCCACCUACACCAGGCCCACUGUGAGCCCCAGCCUCGGGGCGAGGAUCUCCGCCUCCAGCGGAGGGACCACCUACGUGAAGACGACCAGCGGCAGCAUCAUCACAGUGGUGCCCAAGUCUCUGGCCACGCUUGGAGGAAAGAUCAUCAGCAGUAACAUCGUGUCAGGCACAACCACCAAGAUCACCACCAUCCCCAUGACCUCCAAACCAAAUGUCAUCGUGGUUCAGAAGACCACGGGGAAAGGAGCCACCAUCCAGGGCCUGCCGGGCAAGAACGUGGUGACCACGCUGCUCAACGCCGGGGGUGAGAAGGGGCUGCAGGCAGUUCAGGGGACCAAACCAGCGAUCAUCACAGCCUCCAGACCGAUCACCAAGAUGAUCGUCACUCAGCCCAAAGGCCUGAGCUCCGGGUCCACGUCCACCGCCACCAAGAUCAUCCCCACCAAGAUCGUCUAUGGCCAGCAGGGCAAGACUCAGGUUCUGAUCAAACCGAAGCCGGUCUUUCAGACAGCGCUGGUGAGUGAACAUACGAGGCAGCUGGUGACAGAAACGCUGCAGCAGGUGACCCGAUCGGCUGACCUGGGUCAAGCUCAGACCUCUGGACAGGACGGGUCCACAAAGGAAGAGUCCAGCAGCUCCACAGGAGAGAUGUCUCACGGCAGUGUUCAGGAGCCUCAGCCUGUAGUGCAUGUGGUGUCCUCCAGAGAGCAGGAUUGGACAGAACAGGAAGUGUCUGUGGAGUCCAGUCCCACCAUCAUUUACCAGGAGGUCCCUGCUGGAGAGGCCCAGUCUGCCACAUCCACCAUCAAAGCGCUGCUAGAGCUGCAACAGACCACAGUGAAGGAGAAGGGGGAGGCCAAACCCAGACAGCACACCAUCGACCUCAGUCAGAUGGCCGUCCCCAUCCAGCUGAGCCAGGAGAAGAAGACGAGCCCCGAGUCCCCCAGACCCUCCAGCUCAGAGGCCGAGCCCAGCACAGAGUACAGCGCAGCAGGUAAAGUCAGCAGAGUGGGUGUGUCCUUGGAGGGUGAUGAUGUGGUCAUGUCGUCCAAUCCGCUGCUGGCGAAGCCUUUCAAAACUAGCAGCAGUCAGGUGGUUACCAUGGUAACCAAACCAGCUGUUGUGUCUGCAGCUGUUUCACACAUCAGUCACAUGCCCUCUGACAGUAAGCCUGAGUCAGUUGUGGAGGUCAGUGAGAUGGAAGGAGACACGCUGGACCCUCAGACUGGUUUGUUUUACCGCUCCAGCCCAUCAGCUGCUGACCCUGUGAAGCAGACCAGCCUGUCUGCAGCUAGUCAGCCUGCCCUGUGUCAGACAGAAAGCUCCGCCUCUAUCCAGCCUCCACCGCCGCCGCCGCAGCUACAUAGCAAACCUCAGCUCAGCCAGCCCUCCUCCUCCUCCACUCCUCCUCUGACCAAGAAGCUGCCAAAGCUCAGAGAGCAGAGUCAGCCCAAAGUCCAGACCCUGACCCCAAGUCCCAGAGACCGACCUGUGAUGGUACCUGCUCAGACCGGUACAAAGGUCAGCAGCCCGGGAACACCAACCAAACCUCUGCUGACGCCACAGCUCCCAAAACUCCAGCAGGCCCCGACCUCCCUCCACAGACCGCUGCACACCGCCAUGUCCCACCCUCCUCCACUGCAGGCGCACCACCCGGUCAGCACGGACAAGACCACCUCCAGCCAGCAGCCAAUCAUCACACAGAGCGCCACUGUCACUAAGAUCACCUUUGGCUCCUCCCACCAUUCAUCUCCAGUCUUCAGCAGCGGCGAGGCCACCGCCAAGCUGAUCCCCGAGUCGAGCUCUGGGCCAUCAGGUGAGAAGCCGUCGGUGUCGGACAUCCUGAAGAUCUCCAUGAUGGAGGCGGAGAUCGACCCUAGCACCGAGCCCAUGGUGGUGGACUCAUCCAGUGACUGUGGUCCUCUGGGGAAGAGCCUGGAGGUCCAGACCAUGUCGGGGACGCUGGACUCAGGACAGUUCAUCAGCAGCUCAGGAGCCUCCAUCCACCACACAAAGAACCAGCAGUUCAGCUGCAUGCCGGGCCUGACAGCCCAGAGGAGCAAGGAGGACGUGGAGGUCAUUGAGGUGAUCCCUCAGUACUCCAUCCUGCCCGACUCCAGCCAGUCCAACGUGGUGGUGGAGCCCAGCGGCUUCCUGGAGAUCACCAACUACACCAGCCAGCAGCUGGAGGAGGACAGCCCCAUGGAGCAGGAGGUGGACAGCAGCAACGACGAGGCCGCCGCUGCCAGUCCACCUGACCAGCCGUAGAGCCGGUGAGGUGGCAGAGCUGAUCUGUUGGAUCAGAACAGAGACUGACCAGCUGUUCCAUAGAUGAAGAGCAGAACUGUUUUCUGUGUAAAUAUGAGUUUGUUUCCUGCCUCAGCCAACGGCUCUCCAGUUUCUCACUGUCAUUGAGGUGAACCAUCAGUUUGAGUUGGACCGCGGCCUGCACACACCCGUCACGUUGUAUGUCCAGUGGUACCAGUGGGUCCAGUGUUUGUCCUGCAGAACUCUGUUGGAUAAAAUCACCUGAGCUGCAGACGCAACGCUCUGAAGUUCUUACACAUGAAUAGUGUUUGACCCCUCUUCUGACUCAAGGACCGAGCCAGAUCAGACUGAAUAUGGACAAUGGACCAGAACCAGAACCGAGUCCGACAUGUUUUCCAGCUGUUGACUGUGACUGAUGUGAUAAACAUGGAGCUUUUGUUUUGUAAGAUACAUUCUGGAGAUGAGUUGCUGCCGUCAGUUCACUUUGUUUCUGUUUCCACUAUGCUGCGUUUGUUUUCUACCUGUUCAGACCGACGACUCAUGGUCGAAAACAUUUACCCUGCACAAUAAACCAGCUGAGGAGACAUGUCAGGCUGCGUCAUUCAAACAGAACCAGGUCAUGCUGAAACUUGGUCAGACAUGUUGAAGACUCACAGAUCUUCUGCUCUCCAUCAUCUUUCAGUCACAUUUAGUUUUUAUGUGAAGAAGUUUCAUUUUAAGUUAAAAACUACCCAAAUUAAAUCGA